CCUGACACCUUAAAUUAACAAAGAAAGAAAGAAAAACAUUCCUCUUUUCCUCUGAGCAAGUAAACACAAAAGAGUAAAUAGUCUCAAUAUUUAUUUGUCAUACAUGAAUUAAAAACUCUCCUAUUUUUCCCUCUGUUUUUCCCUGCUUCCAAACAGGACACUAAUCACAAACUGAAAGAAAAUGGAAGGAAAUAAUAGAAGUUGGGGAAGAAAUUUGAGCAAAAGUUUAAGCAGAAAUGUAAGUUCAAGUUGGGGUGUAGAAGAUGUUUUUAGCAGCCAAACAAGGCGCAGUGUAAGAGCACAUGAAGAAGAUGAAGAAGCUUUAAGAUGGGCUGCCUUAGAAAAACUUCCCACUUAUAGUAGAUUAAGGACAAGUGUCCUUAAAUCUUAUGCUGAAAGUCAAAACCAAAGUAAAAUUUUGCACAAGGAAGUUGAUGUUAGGAAGCUUGAUGUCAAUGAUAGAAUUGAGUUCAUUGAUAGGCUUUUCAGAGUUGCUGAGGAAGAUAAUGAAAAGUUUCUCACUAAACUUAGAGACAGAAUUGAUAAGGUAGGGAUUCGGUUACCAACUGUUGAAGUAAGAUUCGAGCACCUUACGAUUGAAGCAGAUUGUUAUGUCGGUAACAGAGCUCUUCCAACUCUACCAAACGCAGCUAGAAAUUUCGCAGAAGGAAUAUUGAGUAUGAUUGGUAUUAGACUAGCUGAGAAGAAAAAGCUUACUAUCCUCAACGAUAUAUCAGGCAUUGUCAAACCAUCAAGGAUGUGCUUAUUGUUAGGCCCACCAUCUUCAGGAAAGACCACUCUCUUGUUAGCCUUCGCUGGAAAGUUGGACCCCUCAUUAAAGGUGAAGGGUGAAGUGACCUACAAUGGACAUAGGUUAGAUGAAUUUGUACCUCAAAAAACAUCAGCUUACAUUAGCCAAAAUGACGUUCACAUUGGAUCUAUGACUGUCAAAGAGACGUUGGAUUUCUCAGCACGUUGCCAAGGAGUUGGUUCUCGCUUUGAGCUCCUAGCUGAACUUGCAAGGAGAGAAAAAGAGCAUGGUUUAAAGCCUGACCCAGAAGUUGACCUUUUCAUGAAGGCAACUGCAAUGGAGGGAGUUGAAAGCAAUCUCAUUGUGGACUACACCCUUAAGAUAUUAGGAUUGGAUAUAUGCCGUGACACUCUUGUUGGAGAUGAAAUGCAACGUGGUAUCUCUGGUGGACAAAAGAAACGUGUCACAACAGGUGAAAUGAUAGUGGGUCCAACAAAGACACUAUUCAUGGACGAAAUAUCGACUGGGCUGGACAGUUCUACGACUUUUCAAAUAGUGAAGUGUUUGCAACAAAUAGCCCAUCUAAAUGAUUCAACCAUCUUAAUGUCUCUACUUCAGCCUGCUCCUGAGACGUUUGAUCUCUUUGAUGAUAUCAUUUUACUAUCAGAAGGCCAGAUUGUAUACCAAGGCCCAAGAGAACAUGUUGUUGAGUUCUUUGAAACUUGUGGCUUCCUUUGCCCUGAAAGAAAGGGUACUGCUGAUUUUCUUCAAGAGGUUACUUCAAAAAAGGACCAAGAACAGUAUUGGGCCGAUAGGAGCAAGCCCUACAAGUACAUACCAGUAUCCGAGUUUGUGGCCCGAUUUAAGCGGUUCCAUGUUGGGCUAAGACAAGAUAAUGAGCUUUCAGUUCCAUAUGAUAAGGCCCAAUCUCACAAAGCAGCUUUGAUAUAUGAAAGAUACUCAGUCCCAUACAAAGAACUCCUUAAGGCAUCCUUUGACAAGGAAUGGAUGCUCAUCAAGAGGAACCCUUUUGUGUACAUCUUCAAAGCUAUACAAAUCAUGAUCGUCGCGAUCAUCACAUCAACGGUGUUUAUAAGAACAAAGAUGCAUACUAGGAAUGAAGGAGAUGGAGCUCUCUACAUGGGAGCUUUGAUCUUCACUCUUAUUAUUAACAUGUUUAAUGGUUUUGCUGAGAUGGCUAUGAUCAUGCAAAGACUUCCUGUGUUCUAUAAGCAUAGGGAUCUUCUUUUUCACCCUGCUUGGACUUUCACAUUACCGAGUUUCUUACUUGGUAUCCCGAUAUCGAUCUUUGAAUCAAUUGUUUGGACCUCUAUGACCUACUAUUCCAUUGGAUUUGCACCUGAAGCUAGCAGAUACUUCAAGCAACUUCUACUGGUAUUCCUGAUCCAACAAAUGGCUGCUGGAAUGUUUCGUCUUACAGCCGGUUUGUGUCGAACUAUGAUCAUUGCAAAUACCGGAGGAGCUCUAAGUGUGCUUCUUAUGUUCAUGCUUGGAGGUUUUAUCCUUCCUAAAGAUCAAAUACCCAAUUGGUUGGAAUGGGGAUAUUGGGUGUCACCUUUGUCAUAUGCAUUCAACGCUCUUGCUGUAAAUGAGAUGUUUGCUCCUCGUUGGAUGAACAAGCUGGCUUCAGAUGGCCAAACUCCUUUAGGUGUACAAGUGUUGAAGAAUUUCAGUGUCUUUCCACACAGAUAUUGGUAUUGGAUAGGAGCAGCAAGUCUUGUUGGAUUUAUAUGUUUUUGCAAUCUUGGUUUCACUGUUGCACUUACCUACCUUAACCCUCUUGGAAAGCCACAAGCAAUAAUCCCCAAAGACGAUGAAGAUGACAUGGAAGAUGACCAAAUACAUAAUAGGUCUAAGAAAAAUUUAUUCUCUGCUGAUGGAAACAAUACAAGGGAGAUGGCACUUCGAAGAAUAAUGAGUCGGUCCAAUCCUAAUGGAUUAAGCAGAAAUGAUGAUGUAUCUUUAGAGGCAACAAAUGGGGUUGAACCUAAAAGAGGGAUGGUUCUCCCUUUUACUCCACUUGCUAUGUCCUUUGAUGAAGUGAACUACUUUGUUGAUAUGCCUCCGGAAAUGAAGGAACAAGGUGUACCAGAAGAUAGGCUACAACUCCUUCGAGAAGUUACUGGCGCAUUCAGACCAGGAGUUUUAACUGCUCUAAUGGGGGUUAGUGGAGCUGGAAAGACAACUUUGAUGGAUGUUCUAGCUGGAAGAAAGACAGGAGGUUACAUUGAAGGCGAUAUUAGAAUUUCCGGUUUUCCCAAGAUACAAGAAACUUUUGCUAGAGUAUCAGGUUAUUGUGAACAAACUGAUAUCCAUUCUCCUCAAGUCACGGUUAAAGAGUCUUUAUUAUACUCAGCGUUCCUCAGGCUCCCUAAAGAAGUCUCUACAGAAGAAAAACUCAUUUUUGUUGACGAAGUAAUGGAAUUAGUAGAGCUUGAUAGCCUCAAGGAUGCAUUGGUAGGGUUACCAGGAAUAACAGGGUUAUCAACAGAACAAAGAAAGCGGUUGACGAUUGCAGUAGAACUUGUUGCUAAUCCCUCAAUCAUUUUCAUGGACGAGCCAACUUCAGGUCUUGAUGCUCGAGCGGCAGCCAUUGUCAUGAGGACAGUAAGAAACACUGUAGAUACUGGAAGAACUGUGGUUUGCACAAUUCACCAACCUAGUAUUGAUAUCUUUGAAGCUUUUGAUGAGCUACUUUUAAUGAAAAGAGGAGGACAAGUAAUCUACUCAGGGCCAUUAGGUCGAAAUUCACACAAAGUAGUCGAGUACUUUGAGGCGAUUCAUGGAGUUCAGAAAAUCAAAGAUAAGUACAACCCUGCAACAUGGAUGUUAGAAGUGAGCUCAAUUGCAGCCGAAGUGAGGCUAAACAUGGACUUUGCUGAGUACUAUAAGUCAUCAUCGCUUCACCAAAGAAAUAAGGCAUUGGUAAAGGAACUAAGUAUACCACCAAGUGGAGCAAAAGACUUAUACUUCACUAGUCAAUAUGCUCAAUCAACAUGGGGACAAUUCAAAUCAUGCCUUUGGAAACAAUGGAUGACUUAUUGGAGAAGUCCCAGCUAUAAUCUUGUUAGAUACUUUUUCACCUUGGCUGCUGCUCUUAUUGUUGGAGCUAUCUUUUGGAAAGUUGGUACCAAUUUGGAUAAUGCAAAUAGUCUAACCAUAGUCAUCGGAGCCAUGUAUGCUGCUGUACUCUUUGUUGGAAUCUGUAAUUGUGGAACAGUUCAGCCGGUGGUUGCUGUUGAAAGAACAGUUUUCUAUAGAGAAAGAGCUGCAGGAAUGUACUCUGCAAUGCCAUACGCCAUUUCGCAGGUUGUUGUUGAAAUACCUUAUAUAUUCGUGCAAGCGGCAUAUUAUUCACUCAUAGUGUAUGCUAUGGUGAGCUUCCAAUGGACUGCAGGAAAAUUCUUCUGGUUCUUCUUUAUCACGUUGUUCUCGUUCCUUUACUUCACUUACUAUGGUAUGAUGACUGUCUCCCUCACACCAAAUCACCAAGUUGCUUCCGUCUUUGCUGCUGCUUUCUAUGCCCUCUUCAACCUCUUUUCCGGGUUCUUCAUCCCUAGACCGAGAAUACCAAAAUGGUGGAUAUGGUACUACUGGAUCUGCCCUGUGGCAUGGACUGUUUACGGGUUGAUAGUGUCACAAUACGGCGAUCUAACACAAACGAUCAAAGGCACUGGAAUGACACCUGAUCCUAUGAUUAAGCAAUACAUACAAGUUCAUUUUGGGUAUGAGCCUGAUUUUAUGGGUCCAGUAGCUGUGGUCUUGGUUGGUUUUACGGUCUUCUUCGCCUUCUUGUAUGCCUAUUGCAUUAGAACACUCAACUUCCAAAUGAGGUAGAAACUAGAAAGUAGUCAGUAAACAUGUAAUAAAAAAGUUUUACUAUUAGGUUAAUUACAUUUUGAAGAGAAAGUUGUAAAUAUGAGAAGCAAUUGUGAUAUUGAUUAGCUUAUACUUUGAAAUUGUGCAUGUAUUAGGAGAUAUAAAUAUGUAUAUAUCUCCCACUAGUAUGAUCAUCUAAUUACUAGUAAUGCAUUAUGUAAUGUGAAAUUGUAUAUGAUUAUUUUUAUAUAUAAAUCUAAUUUUUGGUGCAUAA